UGCCGCUCGGCACCCCCCGCGGCGCUCGCAGCGCCGGUUCUGCACCCGGAGAGGCGCCCGGCGUUUAGCGGACCUCCAUGUACGACAAUUUGUACCUGCAUGGAUUUGAAGACUCGGAGGCGGGCUCAGCAGAUUCAUACACAAGCAGACCUUCAGACUCUGAUGUCUCUUUGGAAGAAGAUAGGGAAGCAAUCCGCCAAGAAAGAGAACAGCAAGCAGCUAUACAACUUGAAAGGGCAAAGUCCAAACCAGUAGCAUUUGCUGUUAAGACUAACGUGAGUUACUGUGGAGCUCUGGAUGAAGAUGUUCCUGUCCCCAGCACUGCCAUCUCUUUUGAUGCCAAGGACUUCCUACACAUUAAAGAGAAAUAUAAUAAUGACUGGUGGAUAGGAAGGCUGGUUAAAGAGGGCUGCGAGAUUGGCUUUAUUCCAAGCCCGCUUAGACUGGAGAAUAUCCGCAUUCAGCAGGAGCAGAAGAGAGGACGUUUCCAUGGAGGGAAAUCGAGUGGAAAUUCUUCUUCAAGUCUUGGAGAAAUGGUUUCUGGCACAUUUCGAGCCACACCUACUUCCACGGCAAAACAGAAACAGAAAGUGACAGAGCAUAUUCCCCCAUAUGAUGUAGUACCAUCAAUGAGGCCUGUUGUUUUGGUGGGUCCAUCACUGAAAGGCUAUGAGGUGACAGACAUGAUGCAGAAAGCUCUCUUUGACUUCCUGAAGCACAGGUUUGAUGGGAGGAUAUCAAUAACUAGAGUGACAGCUGACAUUUCUCUUGCUAAGAGGUCUGUUCUAAAUAAUCCAAGCAAGAGGGCAAUAAUCGAGCGGUCAAAUACAAGGUCCAGUUUAGCUGAAGUACAGAGUGAAAUUGAAAGAAUCUUUGAGCUGGCAAGAUCCUUACAACUGGUUGUCCUAGAUGCAGACACUAUCAAUCACCCUGCACAACUUAUCAAGACAUCUUUAGCACCAAUUAUUGUCCAUGUUAAGGUGUCUUCUCCAAAGGUCUUGCAGCGGCUGAUUAAAUCUAGAGGAAAGUCACAAAGUAAACACUUGAAUGUUCAGUUGGUGGCAGCCGAUAAACUUGCACAAUGCCCACCAGAAAUGUUUGAUGUAAUUUUGGAUGAAAAUCAGCUUGAAGAUGCUUGUGAACACUUGGCAGAAUAUCUUGAGGCGUAUUGGCGUGCUACUCACACCACCAGUAGCACACCCAUGACUCCUCUCCUUGGGCGAAAUUUAGGAUCUACUGCACUUUCACCAUAUCCUGCUGCAAUCUCUGGAUUACAGAGCCAGCGUAUGAGGCACAGCAGCCAUUCCGCAGAGAACUCUCCAAUUGAGCGACGAAGUCUAAUGACCUCAGAUGAAAAUUAUCACAAUGAAAGGGCUCGGAAGAGCAGGAACCGCUUGUCUUCCAGUUCCCAACACAGCCGAGAUCACUAUCCUCUAGUGGAAGAAGAAUACUCUGACUCAUACCAGGACACAUACAAACCCCACAGGAACCGAGGAUCCCCUGGAGGAUACAGCCAUGAUUCACGACACAGGCUUUGAGUUCAAGAACCUGGGGGAAAAUAGUAUUCAUCAGUUAAUAAUUGCCAUAACGUAGCUAGGAAAAGAAAUUAAAAAUCAAUCAUGUUAAUUUGGCAGAUGUAACACCGUCAUACUGAAGUUGCACUCUGCUGUCACUUGAUGUUAAGUAGGGGGCAAAAUAAAAGUUACCAGGCCCUUACAUUUAUGCCCGAUCAUAUAGGUUGUUUUUUGGGUUAUUUUAUUUUUAGUACAGAAUUUGCAUUUAUAGCCAUAUUUUCUUGUCAUUAGAUAUUAAACACAUCCGUUUGUAAUUUAGGUUACUUAUCAAGGCACUUAUAAAAUAAUUUCCUAUGCUGGAAAUUCCAAAUGACCAGUUCCAGUUGGAACCAAUUUAUAAACCAAUUCCUGUUGGAAUUCGGGUGAAUUGACUGGAAAGUCGACUUGAGCAUGUUGCAAUCAGGUUAAAAAAAAGAAGACAAAUGAAAAAUCUGAAAAUUAGAAACCACUAGAAGCUGGACAGUCAGCUAUUUGUUUGCUGGAAGCUCAAUUUACAUGUAAAGUUAGAAUAAGAGGAUUUAUUCUAGCUACUUAUUUCCAGAAUGGCUUUUUCAGACAGACCAAAUGUAAACUAUUGAGAGUGCCAAAUAUCACAAAUUAUUGUAGCAGUUAUAAAAUACUUUCCAGUUUGAAAUUCUUUUUAGACCUGGCGUGAAUGUUGCAGCAAAACAAUUUCUUUAGUUUAGCCAGUGCUGACAUUUUUGUUGCAGUCAGCAAUGAUGAACUGUCAGGAGAAGGGGAAAUACAAAUGGGAAAAUGAACAAAUAUACAAAUAGUUUGUAUGGUUAGAGGUUGAGAAUAGCUUUUUUUUUUUUCCUGUUUCCCUGUUCUUUUCCCUAGCUAGCAGUCCCAAACAUUAGUGUUUAGAUACAUCUUUUUUUCCCAUUUUUUAGUAUUCUGCCUUUUUAAAUGGAAAAUGAUACUCUCUUACCCAGUGUGUAGAGCACUACAUUCCGGUACAUCUGAGUAACUACCCAUGUGUUACAUCUUUCAAAAUCCAUCUCUGAAAUGUCUGAAAAUUCCAGCAUCGCACAAGAACUCUCCAAAAGAUCAGUUUAAAUAUCAGUAAUGAAAUCUGAGGGAAGGGAGGGGGUUAAAUAUUCAUAAAUUAUGAGCAUUUAAAAUAACACAUUGGUCAGAUUGAGAUUGCGAUAAAAAUGAAGUAUCAGGAAAAAAAAUCGGCUCAUGGCAAAGUGGUAGAACUGACAUUUUUGAUUCAAAGUACUAUGAUAAAUCUUUGGAGAUGUUGCUGCCUUACUUCCUAACAAUCACUUCUUUUCACCUACUGAGUCUUCAGUUUCUUUGAAUAGAUAGGUUGAUGUGAUUGGACCUUAUGUCUUACGCGAUCGGUGAAGCCUUAGAUCCAGUGUGACUGAAAAAUUCACCAUAAUAGACCGUUUUGUACAACCCUCUAAUGUCUUUAAGCAGAGACUCCUGGAAUUUCCCACUGCAUUUCUAAAAUUGACAGAACUGUACUGAUCAUGCAUUUUUUAUGCAGGUUCCUGUCAAAACUUGUUUUGCUUUUUUUCCCCCAAAAUAUGAGGAUCAUCGACUUUUAUAUUUUAUUUUCUAAUAUAUUUUAUAUUUUAUUUUCUUUCCAAAGCCUGCUAAAAGUAGGCUUUUAACCACAUAGCACAAAAUUAAUUUACUGAAUAUUACUGUAUUACUGUUUCUUCUACUUUCUGGACCAGUUAGCAAAGAUCACUGGUAUCUUCCACCACCAUUGAGUCUGGUUAUCUUCUUGAUGUUAGCAACAAGAAAAGUAAUUCAUCCCAUAUCCAGUAGAACCAAAAAAUAUGUACAUCUCUAGCAGUGUUAAAAGAUUGCGGAUGCAUGAUUAAUUUUUUAAACAACUUCACUGCCUAAAAAGCAGUUUUCAGCACCACUGGAUGAUUUGAACGAGCCAGUUACCAAAUCAAAAAAGGAAAAUACCUGCAUCCACUGGAAUAGCAGAGUUAAGAAUUGAUGUGACAGGCCUGUUCCUGUAUCGUUUUCUCAGCCUAAAUGCUUGCAGGUUCCAAAAGGGCAGUUAGGCUGAGAGAGCAUGGCAGGAUCUUGCCUGGGAAGGGUGGCUUCAGCUGCCUUCUCUAAUAUUUUCUGCUCUAGCACAGUGGAGUAUUUUCCAGUAAUUUCUACCAAUCUCUGUUACAUGUACAGCACACAUACCUGCAUGAGAAAGAAGGCAUUAGGCAAAACAUUUUUACUAUAAGCUUUAAUAAGUUUCUUGUUUGUGUGCAUUAAAAUAUUAAUUGCAAAGGAUGCACUGAGAUGUAUAAACCUAGAUUAGCUGUUUAUCUUUAUUCUGUAGUAGCAUUAGGGAUCAGAUCAUUUAACUGCUUGAAGAUAUUUGCAUUUUAAUGGCAGGUAGCUGCGAAGCACCUACAUAUAUUUUCUAGUAAACAAGGUUACUGCUUUAUAAUUUCCUAGACAGAAAUAUCAUUCACUUCCAGAGCCUUUUGGAGCCUUGUUUUUAAGUCUUCCAUGUCAUGUUAGUGAAGGAAAAGGUCUACAAAACACAUAUGCACAAAUUCCAUCACCUGCAUCAUCUGAAGUGCCAAAACUACUUCAUUUGUUCUAAUCAAAACAAGCUUGUGAGGGAAGUCACGUAUUGUCUUGAAAGAACACACCAUAUUCCUUUACUGCGUGAGUUUAAGUUUACUACUGUGUGUAAUUAGUUUACCCUCUCUUCUCCCAGUGCCCAUUCCAUUUUAAUAUAAGAAAUCAGUUAGCAGUGAUCCAGCAGGUUUCCUUGCUUGCUGGUUUUUAUUCUUUGAAGACAGAUAUAUCUUUAAGUACAAAUAUACCGAACUUGCUAAUAGAUCAUUAAUUUAUUCUAGAUACAAGCUAUGGGAACUCUAUUUUAAAAAGUUAAUCGUUUUUAGGAAAUGCGGUAAUUGGUAAAAGCUGCAACGUUGAUCAGGAUAUGUUAAAUCAUAGUAUUUGUAUUAGAACUUCAGCAGUGCUAGCCAGCUGUAUUGUGAUUUCUUCUGCAAUGGCGCUAUAUACAAUUGUGAAGUUCAUGUAUUCCUGAAUGAACACGAGUAAGACUAAUUUUCCAGUCCUCAUACCAUUUCUUCUUGUUAUUAUAAUAUUAUUAAAGAUCUGAGUUCUGUUCAUAAGCUCUGGCUUAUACAGAGGAUUUUAUACAUAUUGAUAAAACAUUUUUAAGUUGUUGUUAUCUGAGUUUUCAUGAGAAUGCUUUUGCAUUAAUGACAAUUUACCCAAUAAAGGUGGUAACAACAAUCUUGAUAUCUUAAAGACACUAUAUGUCAGGGCAUUCAUAUGUUUGUGAAUGAAUUAACGAAAGUUUUUAAAAUCCUGAAGCCACUAUAAAGACAAUUAAUUGAUAAACUUUUAAUUUAAAGCACUUUGGCACAUUGUAUUUAACAGACGUACAGGUUCUUUUACUGUUCCACGGAUGAACAUUUAUUCCAUGGGAUGUGCAAGGUGCAACUGAUUGUUUUCUGAGUAGAUUAUGAAAUUAGGCUUAAAGAAAUGUAACUGAAGCUGUUCUGUAUCCAAUUUUAGUUUAUAAACAGUGGGCCAAAUCAGACUAUCAUUUUGUACACAGUUCAGUCUGACAAAAGUCAGUCCCUCUGCUCAAGACUUCAUGGCAUAGUACGGCCCAGACCGAGAUUUUAUCCUGACAAGCCAUCUCGCCAUGAAAAUAGGUGGCACCCCUGAUUUUGGACUUGAUAAGCAUGAUCAGUUUGUGAAGCAAUUGCUGUUCCCUCAGCCUGCUUCUGAGUCCAUAUGGUUUUGUCUUAACUCCAAUAGGCCCAGAUAAAGUCUGUGUGCCUGGGAGGGGACGUGGCUCCACGAGUCACAGCCUUGCCAGUGGUAGCACUCACAGUUAGUUCUGGCUUUGCUGCAAAUAGAGGGUUUACUGUGUUUUCUCCAGGUUUGAAAGCUGCUUCUGAAGUUGAUAUUUGGGGGGGUUAAUCUUUUGUGCUCUUUGCUUUUAAAAUGUUUCAUACACACUUCAGAGAGUGAAAAUUGCAAAAAGGAGCAAAUGAGCUGUAGGAAUAAUAAGGUGACAGUAGUUCCUCUGGGUGUGCAUAAGCCUGUAAUUCCAAGUUCAGUGUGACUGAAAAUCUGCAUUCAGUUUGGACUCAGUGUCACAGGCUUCUGUGAAACAUCCCAGAAUCUCAUCUCCCUAUUGGCACUGCCAUUCUCAAAAUAAUACUGCUAGUACUAUUACUUCAUAGCAUACUGAUUUGAGUAAGUUAGGGCUAUCAUUUCUCCUUUUUUCUUUAAGAACGUAUUAAUGUGACCUCUGCUAUAUUUUGCUUUACAGGUUCAGUGCUUCUGAAGCUUAACCUUGACUUUUUUUUUUUUAAGCACAAGUAAUUGGAGACCGCAUAUUAAAAAAUCAGACGCAUGUUUUGUAAAAUACCACUUACACAAAUCUGAUUUUGUUCCUAAAAUUGUGUAUUUUAAAACUGGGUUAUAUUACUGCAGUUGGUAUUAAUACAAGUUUGGAUUAAUGGGAUUCUGCCACCAUGUAUUUUGUUGCAGUUGUCUCUCUUCAGAUAGCUCUACAAAGAGUAACAGGACUGUGAGAUACUGUAAUACAGCCAAUUUUAACUCCAGGGAAAUUAAGUUCCCUCUAUCUUUAAAAUAAUGACAAAAGCAAAUGUACUAUUUGAAGAGUCAGCAUUUGAAUAACCUUUGUUAGGUUGUUAUUCAACCCAAUUUAUUUUACAUAGAAAAAUAAAAGGACAUUUUAAUAAUGAGGUGAAAUCUAUAUAAGGAACUAACCUGGAGAAAGAGCUGAAAAUGCUACUUAGUAUUGAAAUUUGUGGAAUGCAUUUAAGAAGAUAAAUACUGAAUCCAUAGAGACAAUUUUGGGAGAAGGUAGAUGUGAUUUAUAAUGUUAAUAAGAGUGUGCCAUUCCUUUAUGGCUUUGAACAUGGUGAACCUGGGAGUAGCGCUGGCUUGGUCUCUGUGAGGUUUACUAGACCUGCCUUUUCCCCUCAGAUUCUUUGGCAGUGAGUUACUAUCUGGACUAGAUCCUGCAGACACCUACAACUGGACACAGUUUAUAACUGUCUGCUUUGCAAGUCAGUAUUUGCAAGGUCUGACCACAAAUAUAACAUACUGAUUAUCAGAUGCCUUAUCAAUAUCUCCUGAAAAACAAAAUGUAAUUAAACGCCACAGUCCCCUUUGAUAUACAUUCUACUCUGUAUAAGCAGUAGAAAAUCAAUUGUACAGUACAGAAUAAUAUAUUUUGCCAAUGAUGUACAAACAGAACAAGGAAAAAGAAGCACAUUUGUAAUAGCACAAAUUUACAAUAAUUCCACUGUUGCAUUUGGAGGUGUAUUUUUGAAAAAAGGGGUAGACUUUUUGAUCCAGCGUCAGUGGAUUUAUUGCAUUUUUGAUCAGUUAAACUUGCUGUCUGAUACUUCAGCAGUUUAUUUUAUGCAUAUGUGAUUGUUUUUUCAAUAACUGUAUCCUUCCAUAUUAAUUAAGGAAAAAACCCACAAACCUUUUGAAUUAGAAAGUCCACUGCAUUUCUUGCUAAUUUCCUCCUCAAUGCUGAAAUUGCAUUAAUAAUUUCUGAUUUUGGCCAAUGUAUAGAUUUUUGAUGUAUGACUGAUGAAUAAACCAUGAAUACACUAAGAACCCAAGGUCAAGAGUUAAAUACUCCCAGUAAGUAAGUUCUUGAGGCUGUAGAGCUAGUUGGUUUAAUGUAUGGGAGGGACAGGGAGAUGGAGUGAGAAGAAAGUUACACUGCAAGAGCUGUGGAUAAGUACACCCAAAACCUUCCACUGACACUGCUGGGAAUUUAAAAUGGGAGGAAAGUAAGCUUAAGGAACAUGUGUGUGCGUGUGGCCAAGGUGUAUUUGCAUUGGGAACACACUAGAUUCUCUUCUCGUGUGGAGACAGAAAGUCAGUGAUAAUGUACAGGAAAAGCACAGAAAGAGAAUCAGGCAAAAGGCAAACUGUAUGUACACAUGAGAAAUAGAGGGGUGAAGAAAGAUGAAAACGGUCAUUCAAACUGCAAACUAUGGACCUUGGGCUUUUCAGAUCCCAGAAAAUCUCAGUUUCUCACCCAAACUGGUUCCCAGUGAUAGCUUGGCAGUAUUACCUCCAGCCUCACUGUGAGCCAGUUCAGAGUCAUGCUGGUAAAGACAUUACUGCCUUUACAAAAAAAAACCCAACCAAAACUAAAAAUAUACCCACAAAUGUGUGUUUUCUGCUGAUUUGCCCCUUUCUGGUUUUCCUUCUAUAGAUACUGUAUGUGUAGCAUUCUACAAGGCAUGCUGGGUAAAAUAUACUAUGCAAAUGUGUACAGUGUUGCAUGCUCUGCUAUCCCUCUGCUUUUAGUGGCUUUCAAAGAAAGAAAAAAAAAAGUGGUGUUAUUUUUGUGAUCAGAAUCAUUUAAAAAGGACAAUGCAGACUGCAUGCUGAUAGUAUCCUCAUUUCUAUGGACUUGUUUUAUGGAAUUUAGAUGUACAAAAAUGAACUGCAUUACAAUAACUUUUCUACAAUAAAUGAAAAAAACUACAAACCA